CCUAAUUUUUCUGUUCCAUUUCUUUCUCUCUUUUUUCCCCCUCUGAGUUUUUCAAUUUUUUAUAUCGUUCCUUGUUCAUGCUUACUACCUACUCCGAGAGUUCUUCAAAGCUGCUGUACAGUUAAAUCAAAGGGAUAUCGAUUGUUAAUAGCUAAAAAAGUACCAAAAAAACGAUGCAGCAGUGUGCGAUCCAACAAAGCGCAACUGGAAGCAGCCGUGAGGAUUUGCAGAGUUCCUUUCCGGUUCCCGUUAUGGUUACGGAUCGGAGAGAGACAAUGGUCUGCCCGAAACCACGUCGUUUGGGUCUUUUAAACACUUCUUUCAACGACCACCCAAUUAGGUCCCUCAGAUGGCAAAUUAGCCAUCAAACAGAGCUUUGUGAUUCCAAAGCAGGGAGUGGUAUUCUGGAUAUGAUUCUUACAAAGGGUGGUUGUAGAGUGGAAGAGGUAGAGUCACCGCCUCCAUUUUUUUGUGGAUCGCCUCCGAGUAGAGUAGCUAACCCAUUAAUACAAGACGCUCGAUUUGGGGAUGAGGUCAUCGCCCCACCGUCACCUACGUCCGGCUUUCCCUCGUCGUCUCCGCCAUCAUCUUCAAGGAAAGGAGGCUGCGUUCGAGCAAAUUUCGGUAACAAACCGGCCGUGAGAGUCGAGGGGUUCGAUUGCCUCAACAAGGAUCGGCGAAAUUGCAGCAUCCCAGCGCUGGCUUAGAAGAAACCAUCUCAAACAACUAGGGGUACAUAGAACGAAUAGAGAAUUUUGAAGGUACUUUUGAGUGACUAAAAAGAUGAGGAAAGAAACCGUAAAGGCAAAGGACCAUGUAAACAUGUGGUUAAAGAAAAGGGGUUUUUGGCAUCUGAUCAAAACGAUGACGUAUUGUAAGUAUAUUAGUUUCUUCAAAAGAAAAGAAAUUUGU